AUGUAUCCAGUGGCUGUUCCUGCACCAGGAGGUGAAGGAAAUAAUGGACAACAUGGGAAAAUUAUUUUUUUCCUUUUUGUUUUGGGAGCUGUGUUGCUCUGCGCUGGAUUCCUGCUGUCUGUCUUUAUUCUCCAGUCAUGCCCAUCUGGAACCUUCAGUGACUGCAGUGAGGUCCUUAAGGCUGCUGGGCCUGUGCUGGCUAUAGCUGGACUGGUUUGUGUUUUACUGGCACGAUCAAGGGCCAGACUGUAUAUAAGACAAAGGCAGCUGCAAAAUGAGCAGGUGUACAGCCUUGUUUUCUGUCGUGGGAGCUGCCAGUUUGCCCAGUUUCUCAUAUUUGGAUUCCUGUUCUUAACUAGUGGAAUGCUAAUUAGCAUCCUGGGCAUUUGGGUUCCUGGCUGCAGCCCCAGCUGGCACAGCAUACAGCUCAACCACACCGACAGUUCUGAUGUGGACCUCCAGGGCUGUGGACUCCUGUCACUUCAAAUCAUGGGACCUUUGAUUGUGCUUACUGGGUUGUGUUUCUUCGUGAUAGCUCAUGUUAAAAAGAAACAAAACUUAAAUCUCAAUCAAGAAUCUUGCGAAAGUGAAGAACAUACUCAGAGUCCUGAAUCUUUUCAGGUCAUAGUAGGCGAUGCUGUAAUGGUAUUCCCACCUCCACCACCUCCUUAUUUUGCUGACCCUGUGUCACCAACUGUGACACAUUGUCUUGUGUCAAGUGGUUUGCCUACAAGUGAAAGUCCUCCACCAUACCACUCUAUCUUCAGUGAUGGAGCACUGCUUGCGGACGAUGAAAGGACAGUUGCUGUUAGAGACUAUGAAACCAUAUAUACAAUUUCUGGAAGCAGCUCACCUUCAGACAUUUUUCCAAUGCUAUACCUUUCCUCUGAAUCACCUCCAAAAUACGAAGAAAAAGCAUCAAUAAAAAAUAAUGAAUGUUCUUCAUCUUCUUCACGUAUUUCCCUAGCCACAUCUGACACCAGCUCAUAG